GUAAGAUAAAGGCCUAUCAUCAACAACAACAAGAACUGGGAACAGAGUCACCUGCCAGGAUUUUUCGAACGAGUAACGUUACGAAAAAUACGUUAACGUUACGUUAGUCGCAUAACGUCGGUUAAUGAAAACGCCGUAAUUUCAUAGUUUUUAUCAUGUGGCAAAAGCGCAAAACCGAUGGAAACCAGCCGGAUAUUCCGAUAUCAGACACGGAACUCAAACAUCAAACUUACAGCAAAUUGAAGACGACUUUACUUAUUAUCUCUUUAUUAAUCAAUGGUGUUGUUACAGAUGAGUCAGUGUCAGCGUAUGAGGGAGAUCCUGUUACUCUACACACUGAUCUUACUAACAUACAGAGAGAUGAUCUGAUAGAAUGGAGGUUUGGUGAUCAACUGGAUCGCAUAGCUCAAAUCAACAGGGAGGCUGAUUUUAUUAGAAUAUAUGAUAAUGUACUUGAUGGGAGAUUCAGAGACAGACUGAAGCUGAACACUGAGAAUGGAGAUCUCACCAUCACAAACAUCACAACUCAACACACUGGACUUUAUAAACUAGACAUCAGCAACAGAGAGAAGAUUACAACAAAGAUAUUCAGCGUUAAUGUGUCUGUAGAUACAGGAAAAGGAAAGACGUUGGAAGAUUCUGUCAUUCCACAUAAUAAUGUUACCAAUGUAAAAGUCAAUGAUGAUCAAUCUUCUAGUAAGUCUUCAGGUGUUGUAGCAGGACUCUGUGUUUUUCUUCUUGUUCUUGUUUUUGCUCUUGCUCUCGCUAUCUUUCUUUACCGACGUCUCUCAAGGACUACUAGGCAAAGAGUCAGCAAAGAUGACGAAACCUUUCAGGACUGAAAGCAACAGCAGUGAUCUUCCUUAAGUGUAAUAUGAUCAUUGUCUGAGGUUUGUUUCAUUUUGUUUCAUUAACACUACCAAUGAUUUUCUUGAAAUAUGCACAUGCAUGAUUUUUUAUGACGUGUUCGUGUUCCGGCAAUGUUGCUAGGUUCUUUCUAUGGGAACGAUCCCAUAAUCAACAUGUUUAUGUUCCCAUAAAAGGCACAUCUCAAUUUUAUAGUUUUCUGGUAUUAAUGUGUUGUAACCAAACCAAGGUUUAACUUUAUGCAAAUCAUAAGCAAAGCAGAGUACUUCACAUCAUCAGAAGAAAUAAAGAGAAACUAUAGCACUAUUUACCCGCGCACGUUUUAAUAUAAAGUCCUAUAAAUAUUUUUUUUCAGGAUUUACGUAUAAUUUGAUUUAGUUUUAUAUUUACAUGGAAUGAUGCAAAAACAAAACUGAACAGUUUGCCAUCAGUGUGUGUUUCCUGUAUUUCUUUCUUUCACUACCACACAUAUGUUUAUACUUUAUAGCAUUUUUAUGAACACUAUCUUUAUGAUAACUUAACACUGUGUCUCAACUGUGAAAUAACAAUAAUAAAAACCCUCCUUUUUUUUGCUUAAAAUAUCUUGAUGUGUAUCAGCAUAUCUAUAAUAUUUCCUUUUUUAUGUGCACACCUAAUGAAUGUUAUAUUGUUUAAUUGUAAAUAUAAUACAUUGCCUAAAUAUAUAGUUAAAUGUAACUUAAGGGAGAAUCUGUGUAUUAAAUGCCUUAACAUUAUUUAAAAAAAAAAUAAGCUUUGAUAAUCUGGAGUUACACUACAUCUUAUACACUAAAACAGCAUUGAUUUAUAUAUUUUUAUUCUUUAAAUCCUUUGUCAUUUGUGUAUGUUCAUGUUGUAUAUUCUGCAUCUUAUUUUUAUUGUUUAGCUACAGUUGAGGUUUUACACAACACUAAAGUGCACUGUUAUAUUGUUUUUGCUCUCAGGAAAACUUUCUGUGAAAUUGAAUAGAAAAUAUUUUCUGUCUUUUUAUUUACUCUAAAAAUAACUUUUUGACUUAUUUUGGGUAAAUAUUAGACGGGCACUGUCACACUGCUGGGUUGUUUUAACCCAACUGUUGGGUUGUCAUAACCAGUUGCAUAAUGACAACCCAACAUUGGGUAAUUUUUAACCCAGCAUGUGUUUUGUUCAAUAUUUACCCAACAUGGGUCAAAAAUAACCCAGCCAUUUUUGUGUGUUACUGUGCAUGAUAUACUGUAUAUCCCCUGAGAGCACUUAACUCAAUGCUGGUUCUCAAACUUUUUCAACGUGCGUGUGUUUUUCAACGCCCCUGUGGGUACGGAGCUUUCCGUCGUGGCCCCCCUAAAGGAAAAGUAAUGACAAAUGUGUUCUAAAAUGCAACAUUUUAAUUAAACAAAACAUAUUAAAUUAUAAAAAGUAGUGCUGUUUGUUAGUAGCUUUUUUUUUAGGUUUAGUAACACAGAAUUUAUGAUGAAUUAAUUAAUUUUUUUAAAAUGUCAUAAAACUGGGGCCCCCCCUGGCACCAUCUUGCGGCCCCCAGUUUGAGAACCACUGUGUUAACUCACUUUAAUCUCUGCUAUAGUCUCGGUGUGUAAUUGUUUUAGCAGUGUAUUGUUAUGGCAUCAAUUUGUUGUAUUCUUAUAUUAUAUUUGUUGUGAAAUAAAAGCCACUGCUAAAAGUCA